AUGGCUCACACGAUUGGCCCCCAUCUGAACGCGCUCCAUAAUGCGGGAAAGGAUGAAAUCAGGAGAAUCGCAGCUUCGACGUCGCGAGGUGCUAGUCAGGGCGGGCGGCGCAACGACGUCAAGAUACCAGAUCCGCGGCUCUUCCAAGCGCUGGGCGCAGCACCGAUUCCAACGGACUGCACUGUUCCGAUCCCCAGCAUCAGCGAAUGUGCCGUCCACUUGGAACUGCUUGAGGUGUUUUACUACUUGCGCGUGCGAGUUCUACAGUCCACUGAGCUGGACGCGGCGUUUGGAGUCUGCCCAAACAAGAGAACGGUUUUCCGCAAAAACUACUCGAGCCGUACGUACGAGCCGGUCGUUCUCAGAGACGGGACCUUUGAGGCCAGGAGGAGGGCAAAAUGGCGUUACUUUCUGGAUCUCGCAGUAAUGCGGUUUAUGAGAUGGGCGAGAGCUCGCGGCCUUGAAGGGGAGACCGCACGCAGCCCUCUCCUCCCCCCUCUAGAUAUCCUCAUGGUUUGGCAUGCACUGCUACUGAAUCCGGUGCAGUUUCGAAAAUACUGCGCUGACAAUAGGCUGGUUUGGAUUCGCAAACUGCCCUUCCCAUGGCCAGAAAUCCACAAGGCGAUUGACUCCGAGAACUGGCUUUACACGCUGCCAAGUGACGACGUGCUAGAGUUUGCCUGUGACAGCUUAUCGGUGUUGGAUCUCUUUCGACAUCUGGCCCAGGUUGGACGGACGGAGGGCAGGGCCAGGGCAGCGUUAUCAGGGGCCAGCCCUCAGCCGUCUCAGGCCACUGCCCCAGGAGGAGGCGAGCUCCCCCCGGUCAGAUCCGGAUAUAUAACUUCUUUGCGUGCUACAGAGACUGGGCGGCCAGAAUUCAGGGCGCUCAGGGAAAACGUCGAACGGCAAGUUUCGUUUGUCGACAAAAUGCAUGCGCACCUCUGGAUUCGCAGCCCGGCGGUUGAGGGCACUCUUUGCCGCGCUAUCGACCGGUAUGUGAAAUUCCUACGGCUGUUCAAGCACUAUCCCGACACAACGCUUGUUCCUACGCUGGACAUCGACCUCGUGUGGCAUACACACCAGUGUUCUCCGGAGCACUACCGGCAUUCUAUGGCCGAGCGUACGGGGAGAUUCAUAAACCAUGAUGAUACGAUCGGCCAGCAGACCCUGGACGACGGCAUGGACAAGACGGCGGAAUUCUUUCUCGUGCGGUUCGGUCAGGAUUACAAAGCCUGUAAAUGCUGGGAUUGUGAGGCUGUCGUGUUGGCGAUUGAGGAAAGUGUUCACGGUGAUAGGGACGGAGAGACGCCCCUGGAGAAGUCUAUUGAGGAUAUGGUGCACCGGGUGCGGGCAGAUGUGAACUACUACCGAGCAAGGGAAUUGGAAAGGCGGCUAGCGAAGCCUCUCUCCUUCUAG